AUGUCUAUCUUUUUUGAACCUCGACCUCACUGGGGCGCUUUCAUGCAGGAGACCGCUCCAGCAAAUGGCGAAGAGCGGCCAAGCGAUGACAACGCUGAACGUCCUGGACCCUGUCGUGGUGGACCUCACCAUCCCCGUGGCCACCGUGGUGGUCCCCGUGGACAUCGAGGCGAUCCUUCUGGUAUGAGAGGAGGACCAUCUCAUCACCACGGUCACCACGGAUUUGGGCACGGUCCCCGCGAGGGCGAGCCAUUCGGACCUAUGCGUUGGGGACGCGGAGGCAUGUUUGGACACCGGGGUAACCACCACCCAUACCAUGGCGGCCGUCAUCGCGGUGGUCGGGGAGGAGUCCGCGUUGUCCCUAUUUCUCUCGGCGGCGGUCCUGCGACCGGCUUCGAUUUCCUCACUCGAUUUGCCUCUGAAAUGGGCAAUGGCUUCCAAGAAUUUCUAUCGAGCGACGCUCGUGGUUGGAACAACGACAACAAGACACAAGUCGACUUUGAGCCUCGCGCGGACGUUUUCAACACUGCCGAUGAAUACGUUAUUCAUGUCUCCUUGCCCGGAGCACAAAAAUCCGAUAUCAGCGUAGAGUUCGAUGCGCACAAUUCGACUGUUCGUAUUACGGGUGUCGUACACCGACCAGAGUUUAGCGAGGAGUUGAACGCGGCCAUAAUCUGGAACGAGCGUCGUCGGGAAGUUGGCGUAUUUGAGCGUAGCUUCAAGUUUAUUCCUUCUGGUUGGGAGUCGGUGGAUGUUGAUGGCGAGAAGAUUACGGCGAAAAUGGUUGAUGGAGUACUUAUUGUCCGGUUGCCGAAGGCGCAGAAGGAGGAGCAGGCGGAGAAGCAGAACAAGACAAUUGUCAUUAAUGAGGAUGAUGACUUCUACGACGCAGAGCCCGUUGAGAAGGGGCAAGAAGUCGAAUACGAGACGCAGGAUGAAACUGAGAGCACAAAUGAAAAGCAGGCAUCGGUAGUCGAGGUCCAGGACGAGAUGGACUCAAUGCACAUCUCCAGCGACACAGAGCCAGGUGACCUGUUGGAGGAAGUCGACCAGGUAAUUUAUACCCCGUCUCAUCUGUCUGAAGAAGAUGCAGAAGAAGCGGCGGAAUAUAUCAAGGUGGAUGUUAAAUAA